AUGGACUGCUUCUCCCAGUCGUUCAUGGACCCGCAAUACCACCGUCUCGCGCCUGUCCACAAGAGCAAUGGCCUAGAAGUAAUCCCCCGGGAAGACGAAUUCCGCCUGUUGUUUCUCACAGACGUGGACUCGGAAACGUAUAGAAACCCACCACUCUCUCCAUAUCGUCCAUUUGGCCUCGUGGAACUCCAGAAUACUUCUAUCAAUGUCAGAUUGCACUACGCCUGUAAUCAUCAACUAAGCUACCAUUGCUGGAACUGGAAAUGCGAAGGAGGGCAAGUGGUUCGCGAUUUCGGCAUGUCAUGCGGAUUGAAAGCUGUAGAAUCGCGCAUCGAGCCUACCACUUUUAGGACUACUGUCUCAAAGCUGGCUUGGAUGAUGCUUGGCUUCGCAUAUACAAUGCUUUAUAAGUCAUCACUGGGGAUCCCCGCCUGGGCGCCCAUAUACGGAACGCUUGUUUCCAUCUGUUCCUGGCUUAGGGGUCUUACUCCAACAAGCCCUUGCGAAGGACCAGAUACAGAGGAAGUCUUUGACGAUACACUCUCCGAGCUCGCGACACGGAAUAUAUUCUCUUGGAUCUUCUUCACUGAAGGUACUAGACCAGAAGAAAGGGAGCUGUGGAAGCAUGAAUGGCUGGAACUGUUAGUCGACAGAGAUGUUGGUGCAGAGUCCAGUGAGUCUACUGAGUCUGAGUUGGACGAUGGGGCAGACUGUGAAAAUUUGCGUUUUGUCUAUACGUGGCGGGAGAAUGGUGUGGCACAAUCGGUAUGA